CAAUUUAUCAAUGAAACCAUCAUCUAUUGAUCUGAUUUCUCUAUAGUUCGACAGGACAACUCGGAAUGCUUCAAACAUGAUGAGCUAAAUACAGUAGCCGUAGCAAAACUAAUAGGAUGCAGUAGUACCAAAACAAAAAUCCGUUUGGAAGGGGGUGUGGAGGCGUAUGUGUUGCUCAAAGAUAUCUCAACAUUUUUGAUGCAAAUGAUUUUGGGUUGCUGCGUCAUACCAUAUCCGAUUAUUAUAUUAGCACAGAUUGCAGGGGUUUAUAGUCUAUGUCGCUAAAUGUUGGCAUCUUGGGACAUGUGGACAGCGGAAAGACAACGUUGACAAGAGCUAUGGCCGAAAUGGCAUCUACAGCUGCUUUCGAUAAGCAUGCGGAUAGUGGUGGUAGGAGAAACACUCUUGAUUUGGGGUUCUCCUCUCUCACCGUUUCUGGCCGUCGACUUGCUUUAAUCGACUGCCCUGGCCAUGCAGGACUCAUCAAGGCGGUACUGGCCGCAAGCAGUGUUUUCGACAUGGCAAUCGUUGUUGUCGAUGCCUCUUCUGGAAUUCAACCUCAAACAGCCGAACAUCUCCUUUUAUGUUCUAUAUUUUGCCCUAAACAAGUCAUUUUAGUGUUGAACAAAAUUGAUUUGGUAAAGCAAACUAAGAUUGCCAGCAUUACAAAGAAGAUCAGGAAAGCGCUCGCUAGCUUAGGAAUCUCUGAAGAUUCCCCGAUAGUGCCAGUGUCCUUAAUUGAUUUGAAGGAUGACACGCUUCGCCAACUUAUGGAAGUUUUACAACAGAAAGUAUUUGAACCGCAACGGGAGAAUUCUGGGAGACUCGUUAUCGCCGUCGAUCAUUGCUUUCCUGUAACUGGUAAAGGUACUGUAAUGACUGGUACAGUAAUCGAUGGAUGCUUACGAGUGAACCAAGAGAUUGAAAUUCCGGUAUUGAAAGAAAAGAGAAAAGUCAAAGGAUUAGAGUCAUGGAAGGAACCAGUCGAGCAGGUGACGGCUGGAGAGAGAGCUGCAAUUUUAGUGCAACAAUUGAAUGCUCAGUCAAUUUCUCGCACUAUGGUUUGCUCACCUGGAGCUUUGACCGAGAUGGAUUCAUGCAUCGCCUCGGCGAUAGCUAUCCCAUUUUAUCGAGGGACAAUGUCAUCUGGAAUGAAAGUUCACGUUUCCAUCGGCUUUGAGAUAGUCAUGGCAGAAUGCCAAUUUCUGCGACCUGAUGGCGACGAGUAUGAACAGCUAAGCACAUUGGAUUCUCCAUGUGUCUUAAUACUGAGUACCGGAGAAUGUGGACGGGUAGCUUCGGCUUUUGAGAAGGAAGUGAAGGGUAAGGGUUUGACCAUUGCGUUUGUAGUCGCCGUCAAGGACGACUGUAUAGACGUUGGGAUCCGAGAUAUUUUCUGUGCAACAUACAUAGUCUUCUCCAACUCUAAAGAAAAGCUGAAAAGAUUACGUGAAGAGCAGAGACGCGGACAUGUGGAACCGCUCCGCAAGCAUUGGUUUUCUAUGCGCCAAGUUAUUAAAUUCAAAGCAGAAACAUUCUUUGUGCCACCACGAAGCAGAAAAAUGGGGAUCUUAUCGUUUGUGGUGAGGACAGGUAUUGAAACCCUAUUCGCGCGCGCCGAAAACUUUCGUAAGCGCUAUCACCGUGAUAUAUCACUGAACCUCUUCAAACUCAUGGCUUAUAAUAGCAAGUCAAACGAUGUUUACGUUUGCGUGACCCAACAGUUACAGCGUUGCGGCGGGCGGCCUCCAUUGCGUAAAUAUGGAGGACCACAAACGUAUGCGAAGCCUAGACCUGUUUUUCCACCAUGUCUUACUGGUAGAGAGAAUGCUUUUAUGGAAAAUGUUGUCGAAGACGAAGGUGCUCCCUCAGAUAUCCAGAUGGAAUUAGAAGUUUCACAAGGUUCAUAG